AUUCACCUCACAUCUAAGCUAAUAACUUGCAAUACAUCUAAAGCUGUUUUUCAGAGUUUUACUUUACCACCCAAAUCGGCUACGUUGUAGUUUUAAUAUUUUUCACAGUUAGAGGUUCUCCCAUUUUCCAUCUUCAUCAUCAUCUAUGGGAAAGCACGUCGGUGCAAAGACCAGAACCUCUGUCUGUAUCUCAGAUGGAGCUGUCUUCUUUGCCGGAGCUUUCAUGUCUCUAACUCUCGUUUGGUCUUACUUCUCAAUCUUUUCACCUUCCUCCAAUUUCACCUUAUUUCGACGAGACAACGAACCGAUUAAAUGCUCCGGUUUCGACAUGCAAUCCGACCCGGAAGAUCCCGGUUUUUACGACGAUCCGGACCUAAGCUACUCCAUCGAGAGACCAAUCACGGGAUGGGACGAGAAACGGAAGCAAUGGCUCGAAUCUCACCCCUCGUUCAAACCCGGUUCGGAAAACCGGAUCGUGAUGGUAACCGGUUCUCAACCGGCUCCGUGUAAAAACCCGAUCGGAGACCACCUGCUGCUCCGGUGCUUCAAGAACAAAGUCGACUACUGCCGAAUCCACGGCCACGACAUCUUCUACGGCAACUCUCUGCUUCACCCCAAGAUGAAUUCGUAUUGGGCGAAGCUCCCGGCGGUUAAGGCGGCGAUGCUCGCUCACCCCGAGGCGGAGUGGAUUUGGUGGGUAGACUCCGACGCUAUUUUCACCGAUAUGGAGUUUACGCCGCCGUUGCACCGUUACCGUUAUCACAAUCUCGUCGUUCACGGUUGGCCGAGUAUUAUUUACGAUAAACAGAGUUGGACGGCCGUUAACGCCGGCGUUUUCCUUAUUAGGAACUGCCAAUGGUCGAUGGAGUUAAUCGACACGUGGAAAAGUAUGGGCCCGGUGAGUCCGGACUACGCUAAGUGGGGUCCGAUCCAACGGUCUAUAUUUAAAGAUAAGCUGUUUCCCGAGUCGGAUGAUCAGACGGCUCUGAUUUAUUUGCUGUAUAAACACAAAGAGGUGUAUUACCCUAAGAUAUACCUCGAGGCAGAGUAUUAUUUCCAAGGGUAUUGGAUCGGUGUCGUCGGGGGUUUCUUCGCUAACGUGACGGAGCGGUAUCUCGAGAUGGAGCGAGAAGAGGCCACGUUGCGGAGACGGCACGCGGAGAAGGUGAGCGAGCGAUACGGUGCGUUUAGAGAGGAGAGGUUUUUGAAGGGCGAGUUUGGAGGGAGAGGGAGUCGCCGGAGAGCGUUCGUGACGCAUUUCACGGGCUGUCAGCCUUGUAGCGGGGACCACAAUCCGAGUUAUGAUGGUGACACGUGUUGGAAUGAGAUGAUUAGAGCCCUUAAUUUCGCUGAUAAUCAGGUGAUGCGCGCGUACGGGUACGUUCAUACUGAUCUCAGUAAGACUUCUCCUCUCCAACCUCUGCCGUUCGAUUAUCCCGAUGAGACGUGGUGAUUUUUGUUGUAUGGUUUAAUUUUGUAGUUAUUAUAAAUGGUUUGGAAUAUUUUCUAGUUCAUUACAUUAGUCUUUGAUUAGAAGAAUUUUAGUGAUAGAUCAAAUGAAGAAAAAAAACUAAAACUAAAAAAAGAAAUUGGACGUAGAAGUUUUAUCCAUGUCCCAUGCAUGACACGACCAACCUUUUGCAUUUAGUUGAAACACAUUAUGAAUUUAUGAAUAUAAGUCAAAGCUAUUUAAUAUCAUAUCAUAUGUAUGACAACCCGUCCCGUGGAACACCUGCCCAUGGACCCCAGGCUCACAGCG